CGCGCACGGGGUAAGAUCGAGCUUCCAUUGCUACCCUUCUGAAGCUAGUGGGAGGCAAGCGAGGGGGUGGAAGUUGCGCGGGCGCACUGUCAGGACUAUCGAUUUCGCGAGCAAAAGGUGGUACACGGUUGGCCAUCGAUUCGACGCUCGUCUAAAAGGAUUGUAGCUGGUGAUCUCCGAAAGACGAGGGACCACUCUCGACGGAGGAAUCUCUCGCCUCGAGGAACGUCGUAGAUCGUCGAGAAGGUGGGGCCAAGUUCGCUCUUCGCCUGGUACACCGACCCUUGGACACACUGUCCUGGACGUGUUCCUCGUCGUAGAUUCCGUCUGAUCGUAAUCAGUGUGUCCCCAACCUGUAACAGAGAACAUCCUCCAAGUAGAUUGUCCAGAAGCUAACGGUCAGUCAUGAUGAAUUAUGGACUGGACGAUGGUUACGAUUUCGAGAACGAGAACAGAGAGCAAACUCAAGAAGAACAGGCUGCUGGUGGUAGAUCUUUGCCGCAGCUACCACGAGUCAGGCCCAUCCUGGACCCAAAUGCCCAAGGAGAGGUCGAUCCAACCUUGUAUCCACCGCCGACAGAGUCAACGCACAAGAUUCGUGGCAAGAGCGACGUGAUAGAGUAUCUAUUCGGUGCUGUGGAUCAGGAACUCCUCACCGUCAAGACGUUCUACUUCUUCUUCUACUCGGCCUUUGGAUCUCUCUUCCCUCUGAUGGGUGUCUACUUCAAGCAGAUGGGCAUGAACGCCGGCCAGUGUGGUCUGCUGAUGGGACUCAGACCUUUCAUCGAGUUCGUCAGCGCACCUAUCUGGGGCUCGUGGGCUGACAGAUGGCAAAAGGGUAAAGUGAUCUUCCUGGCGUCUUUGUCUUGCUGGAUCCUGUUCACCCUUCCUCUCGCCUUCAUGCAACCUCCAGCUACGUCGUGCUUGGUUGCACGCAAUCAAAGUGUGUACCUUGAGUAUCCGAAUCCUCAAAUGAGGAUAAUUAAAAGAUCCACCAGUUUGGAGGACUUUUAUCAUCGAAACGACGACGAGUGUUUGGAAGUUGCCGAGAAUGUGGUCUUCAAGAGGAUAAGGAAAGACGACGACAGCUUGAAUCCAGAUACCAAUAUAAAUUUCCUGAGGAAUAAAGGAACUUUAACGAGUAAUAUCCAGCGAGAUUACGAUCUUAAUAAUAACAGGAUCCGAAGGGAGAUCCAAGAUGAAAGUACUACUACUACUGCUUCUACUACUACUACUACUACUACUACUACUAGUGUUACUGCAACUACUACAACUGAAGAAAGUCCUGUGGAGGAUCUCAAGUAUAAACAACUGGUUUUCGAGGAGAAUAAUCCCGAGGCGAAGACCAUCGACUUUGAGACGCUGCAACGAAAGAACCGUCCAGCUGAUGUGCUCGAAUACAAACGUUUCCUUAAUAAUCAACCUUUAGAUGACGGAAGGCCGCCGAAGAAGGCGUACACGCACACCAAGACCAGGGUGAAACCACCCCCGACCAAGGUGAUGGUGAAAAGAGAUGUUCGCGACGAGGAUUUGAACACUCCAAGGAAACCACCUGUGAAACGUUACGUCAGGAUACCACAUUCUGGCCAGAGUCCUCAUUCAGUCUCUUACGCGGCGAACUACAACGAAAAGGAGAACAGAGGAUGGGUUAAGCCAUUGUUCAGCUCAAUUGUCUACAGACAAACGGACAUCCAAAAAACCUUCUUCCUCCUGUUGCUGUUGGUGAUAGUCGGAGAAUUUUUCUCCGCGCCUGCUAUUACUUUGGCUGACUCUGCUGUGAUCACUUUAUUAGGCGAAGACGCUGAUAGGUAUGGUCACCAACGAAUGUUCGGUAGUUUGGGCUGGGGUCUGGCCAUGUUCUUCGUUGGUAUCGCUCUCGACCACAGCACCGCUUUCUCCGAGCAUCCAUGUGGUCCAGAUCUCAGAGAGAAGAACUACACGAUCUGCUUCGCGAUCUUCAGCGUUCUGAUGGGCGUCGCUCUGAUCACUGCCACGCAGAUCAACUUCAAGUACGAAAUACCAGUCGCUGAGCCAGAAGUGGAGAAACCUCCAGCGGAACCAACGAGAGAAGAACAACUCCAGAGCCAGCUCUCUCAGCAGCUCAAUCUACCCAGCCUUCAGGACUCUUCAGCUGGGGUGAAUCUAAAGCCUCAGCCUCCAGAAGGCAAGACAAAAAUGUUCGCUCAAACAACGCGCGAGAUUCCCGAAUGGGUGGCCGUGCUGAAGCAAUUCAAGGAUCUCAAGUGUUUGUCCUUCCUAUUCGUCGCUUGGUUCAUGGGCUUCGUAGCCUCUGUCAUCAAUCACAUCUCAGAGAUAUUCGCUUACUUCUUCAGCUUCAAGCUGAUCAGGCAAAUCGGCCACGUGAAGGUAUUGUGCAUGGGAUUAGGUGGAAACGUUCUCCGUUUCCUCUACAUCUCCUGGUUAACGACACCAUGGUGGGUGUUACCGUUCGAAUUCAUCCAAGGAAUCACACACGCGGCUGUUUGGGCCGCUUGUUGCAGCUACAUCGCUCACAAUACGCCUCCGCAGCUUCGUACCAGUGCUCAGGGUGUUCUUCAGGGUAUUCACCAUGGUCUUGGAAGGGGUUGCGGUGCAGUGAUCGGUGGAAUGUUGGUAGACGCUUACGGAACAUCUGGAACGUUCAGAGUGUACGGUUUGUCCUGUCUCAUCGUUCUCGCUGGAUUCGUGUUCAUCAACUUCUACAGGAAGGACACCGGCUUCGUCUCGGAGCUGCCGCAAACGGAGGAUCCUCAUCAGGUGGCUGAGGCGACGCAUUUAGCGCCUCACGGUGUACCCAGCAACGCUAUACCCAGAGCUUUGAGCUCUACGAGACUUCACGAGCUGGCCAACCAGGAUACGGGCUAUGGUGCUACGUACCAGACGGCGGAUGGUAGCCUUGGUGUACCAGGUGCGAGCGGAGGUGCAGUGAACCCGACGAAUCCAUUUCUGAACGGUGGAAGCGGCGGAGGUGAAGGUGGAUAUAAUUACGGUAUGACUGGCAAUGGCGAGGACGAGUAUAUCCGUAGGAGCUUCCAGCUCUACAAUGAGGUGGUCAGCAGGGAUCUCGAUUUGAUUAAACCACCGCCGAUAGUGACCCAUCUACACGCUCAACAACCAUGCACCAACCCCUUCCAUCAGCACGACUACGAAUGGUAACAGUCCGGGAUGUUCGAGCCCACUUGAGGUGAUCAGGAUGCUCAAGAAAUACUGGUCGAUGGACGGCUCUCGUUUACCGGAGAACCAAGAACCAAGGUCCAGGAGCAGAGGAAGAGCUAUAGUAACAGAAUUUUUACCAUGGUCAGAGAAGAACUGAACUGAAGAAGCCUCUUGGUGCCCCAUUGAGCAGUCGUUGCUCACUAUACACACGUUUACAGCGUCGAAUAGAGAUUGUACAGUCUCUAGAAAUCGCGAUAAAUGAAAAAGAAUAUACAUAUAAAAAAAAAAAAAAAAUGAAUUUAUCCUUUUCAAUGCUGAACAUUCAUAUUCAAACUAGUCCUCGAUUCAAGUGUAUCUUCAGCAUUGAGAAGGAUAGAGACGAAUCGACUGUGAGACUGAUCGACGAAACGACGAUUAAAAAGUGCCUGCUCCUCGACACACACACGCGCGUUUAUUAAAAAAAUUAUUGAAAAUAUCGGAGAAACGCGCUCGAAUGGGGCAGCCAAGGGCAGUGUGUUCCGUUGCGAGCGAGAUUCACCGACGAGACGAAGCUCCUACAUCGCAUGGAGGAAUCUCUCGACGAGUAUACAUGUUAAAUCGAAGGAUAGAAAGUUAUAUCUCCGCGAGGAGGUACAUAUCUUUGUUAAGGUAUAACACCGUGGUCUCGUGACACGCGGUUAAAAGAUAUUAUAAUUAAUUGUAAUUAAAGAAGAGCACGCGACGCAGAGACCACGGCGUGUACAAAGCGUGAAACAUCGAUGUACGUACUGUUACAGGAAAGAGAAUAUCUGUUCGCGACUUAAAUCUGUCUACGC